CCAAUCGUUCCCUCAAUUCCUCUUAUUGCCAAUGUGGGUGCGAGGUGGGUGCGGCCACCGGAGAAGACCUAAAUGCUUUCUCCUCCCGAGACAGCCACAGCCCACAGGCCACAGCCAGCGAAAAGCCCCAAACCCUCCCAAUACCCAGGCACCCACCCAUCCGGUCGAAAGUGCUGAGCUCAUGAUGGACGCCACCCGCUUGCUCGACGCCGACGAGCACCACCAACAGAUCGGCCUGGGGAAGACGAACACAACGGUGGUACGCGAUCACCACCCCACCAUGGAGGACAAGCAGCGGACGCCCAGUGGGGAGGGCCUUGCCCAGGGGACGGGCCGCCGGCGCUUCCGCGGCGUGCGCCGCCGCCCGUGGGGGAAGUGGGCCGCCGAGAUCCGCGACCCCAAUCUGCACAAGCGCGUCUGGCUUGGCACUUUCGACACUGCCGAGGAUGCCGCCGCCGCCUACGACUCCGCAGCGCUCCGCCUCCGCGGCCGCCGGGCCGUCACAAACUUCCAUCCGCCCCCCACCGUAAUCUCCUCCUCCGCCGUCACCUCGGAGACCUCCGCAUCAUCGGCCCCUCCAUCCACUCGGCCGGUGGUGACAUCCCCAGGAGGGCCACAUAGCCCCACGGCGUCUCCUCCUCCGUCGCCCCAAUCAUCCGUGGAUUACGACGCGACGUUGUGGUUUCACCGGGAGCCCCUCGGUGACCUCGACGAUCUCUUCUCCACGCCGGACCUCCUGGCGCCCUGACUCAUCUGCCCAGCCUCCUCGGCUCACACCAAAUUUUGGAGACAAUCUUGUUUCUAUCUUUCUAUAGUCUAGUUUGAAAUUUGAAAGAAGAUACUCGGUAUUUUGCUUACAUUGAGGCGUAUUCAUGAGAGGCAGGCAGAAAAUUGUUAAAGCUACAAUUUUGGACAUCCGAGGGGAGUCCUUGUUGCAUCGUAGAGAUCCUGGAGAAAAAAAUGUAACUUUUUAUUCACUCAAAUUUAGCAGUUCAGUCUUCAAUGAGAACCUUCUUGUGACGAGUCGCCCCCUGCCUUGCCAAACAUGGACAUUCACCAGAUAUUGUAUACACAACUCUGCCAUGCUACCUUGGUUUCUCAAAUCUCUUUCGUAUGCUUCUGCAGACUGUAUGAAUCUGGCCAAAAUUGAAGCAUCUUAAUUGUUUCAUUUAAGCAAACAAUAUAGUAACUGCAGAUAAAAUGGGUACCGAAAACACAACUUCGAAAUAUGUAGAAAUUAAGAACUAUACUGUUCUUGCCUUUUACUAUCUUUUACCCGUCACUUUCUGAGCAAAGUAUGUCAACCCCCGAGGUCCCAAGAAGCACACCAAAAACCUAGGGCCUGUUGAACGCAGCAUCAUAUACCUUUUUUUUUUUGAAAGAUUAGCAGCAUCAUAUACUUUGCGUUGGAACUCUAUACCAUGCAAAUCAUGCACACCCUACCUGUCCUUUCUCGCCCUCAGGUCAGGUCACUCUAAUAUUGUCCCAAUCAGAGGACUAAAGGUAAUCAUGUACAUAAAUGCACUAAGGCAUCAGUACUAUCAUGCAUAUAAUCGACAUGACAAAGAAUGCUUAUUAGCUGAAUAUAGUUGACGCAGAAACAUGCACGCUUUUUACUGCAUAACGGUCUCAGAGAAGUUCUCAUGUGGAUGGAGGUUAAAAAGGUUGCCAGUACUCUUUACUUCAUUAGUUCAUUUCACAAAAAAAGAACCCAAAAAGGGAGUAGACAGUUUGGGUAGAUGUACACUUUGGAUGUACUUUUUUAUUUUUUACCCCAAUCAUAUCAAUACAUCAGCUCAAACAGGGUAAUGA